CCCGUUGGAGCGGGCUUCGGGAUCGCGACAGCUAACCGCCCGAGCAGGCCAGGGCCUACGGAGGAAGGCCCGAGACCACGGAGCAACCGCGGCUGGCACGCGAACGUCUCGGGGCGUGGGAGCUGCGAGGGCAGGGGUCCCGGGCGCCAUUGUUGGCCGCCAGAGAGCCGGCCGGACCUCGUCUGCCCUCAGAGGCGCUUCUCCCGCCGAGAGGUGGCACAGCUAGGGGCCGUCGCCACCCCGUGGCCCAGUGUCGUGAAUCGUGUGCCUCAUCUACCGCCCGCGUUGGGCCGCCGGGACCAUGUUUGACAAGACGCGGCUGCCGUACGUGGCCCUUGAUGUGCUCUGCGUGUUGCUGGCUUCCAUGCCUAUGGCUGUUCUAAAUUUGGGCCAAAUAAGUCCAUUUCAGAGAGGCUUUUUCUGUAAAGACAACAGCAUCCAGUAUCCGUACCAUGACAGUACCAUCACAACCACUGUCCUCUCCGUAGUGGGGCUUGGUUUACCCAUUUCCUCUAUGAUUAUUGGAGAAGUCCUGUCUGUUUACUAUAACCUCUUGCACUCGAAUUCCUUUAUCAGGAAUAACUACAUAGCCACUAUUUACAAAGCCAUUGGAACAUUUUUAUUUGGUGCAGCUGCUAGUCAGUCCCUGACUGACAUUGCCAAGUAUUCAAUAGGCAGACUGCGCCCUCACUUCCUGGAUGUUUGUGACCUAGAUUGGUCAAAAAUCAACUGCAGUGUUGGUUACAUUGAAAACUACAUAUGUCGAGGAAAUGCACAGAAAGUGAAGGAGGGCAGGUUGUCUUUUUACUCGGGCCACUCUUCAUUCUCCAUGUACUGCAUGCUCUUUGUGGCACUUUACCUUCAAGCCAGGAUGAAGGGAGACUGGGCAAGACUCUUACGCCCCACACUACAAUUUGGUCUUGUUGCUGUGUCCAUUUAUGUGGGCCUCUCUCGAGUUUCUGACUACAAACACCACUGGAGCGAUGUACUGACUGGACUCAUUCAAGGAGCCCUGGUUGCAAUAUUAGUUGCAGUGUAUGUAGCCGAUUUCUUCAAGAACAGAAAUUCUUUUAAAGAAAGGAAAGAGGAGGACUCCCAUACAACUCUGCAUGAAACACCAACAACAGGGAAUCACUUUAGGAACAGUCACCAACCUUGAAGGUAGCAGAGUGCCCAGAUGAAGCUGGCCUGCUUUCUAAAGGAAAAUGAUUGCAACCAGAAGACAAGAGGAUGAGUUUUCUUCAUGGUAUACAAGCCUUUAAGGGACUGCUGCUGCUAUACCUCUUGGAUGCCCACUUUACCUGUGUAUAUAGUUACAUUUAACACAGUGGUUCUCUAAUAGCUCUAAGUUCAUUAAAAAAAAAAAUUUCAAGCCUUUCACUAAAACAAUGCCCACCUAUACAUUUUUUAUUAAAAAAAAAAUGUAAUGCUUAUGUA